UAUUUAAACGCGCCAACUGAAACCAGGCGAAGACAAAGAGAGCCAUCUUUCUGAUCGCGGCGCUGCCCUGCGAGUUUGAGCUGUCAGUACAAACUUUUCCUUUUCUUAGACGUAGUCUUUUUAUAGUUGGGAUGCCUGAAGAAAGCGCAGCCGCGUCUUCGGCUACAGAAGCAGAGAGCAUGGAAGAAGGAACCGCGGCUUCCUCCAGCGCCGCCACUGCAGACGGUGCCAGUGUGGAUGUCCUGGAAGAAGCCAACAAGCUGAUCGGCACAGGAAACAAGAACCUGGUGAUGGGGGACAUCCCAGCUGCAGUGAAUGCUUUCCAAGAGGCAUGUGGCAUGCUGGCCCAGAAAUAUGGUGAUACAGCAGAUGAGUGUGCUGAAGCAUUCUUCCUUUGUGGGAAAUCUCUUUUAGAACUGGCAAGAGUGGAGAAUGGUGUCUUAGGUAAUGCUUUGGAGGGAGUUCCGGAGGAGGAGGACGGGGUAGGGGAGGGGGAGAAGAAAGAGGAUUCCAAAAUAGAAAGUGCAGACAACCUGGACGAGAAAACGAGGGAUGAGCUGAGGGAGCAGGUGUAUGAUGCCAUGGCUGAGAAGGAAGGGGAAGACAAAACUGAGAAGGAGAAAACGGAAGAGCAGUCUGGAUCUUCUGAGAAAGCAGAGGAAGACAAAACCAUAACCCCGACAAAGGAAGAGAACAAGACAAAGUCUCCAGCAAAGGAGGGUAAAGGAAAAACAUCCACUCCAAAGAAAGAAGAGGAACAAGAGAAGGAAGAGGCAGCAUUGCAAGAGGGGAUGGAGGCAGAAGAGAAGUGCAGCAUGCCUCAUAAUGGGGGUGAUUCCAGAGAAGCAAAAGAAUUGCAGUCUGAGCCUGUUGAAGAUGGAGAGAAGGGAGCCACGGAAGAAACUGAAGAGGCAAUGCAAGAGGGUGAAGAUGGAGAGGAGGAGGAAGAUGAGGAGGAGGGUGAAGGAGAGGCAACAGCCGAAGAUGGGAAGGAGAGUGAAGAGGAGGAAGUAGGAAAUUUGCAGCUGGCUUGGGAGAUGCUGGAGAUCGCCAAAGUGAUCUAUAAAAGGAAAGAGUCAAAAGAAGACCAGCUCUUUGCUGCUCAAGCCCACCUCAAGCUUGGAGAAAUAAGCGUUGAAUCGGGGAACUACCCACAGGCGACAGAAGAUUUCCAGGAGUGCCUGGCCAUUCAGAAGCAGCACCUGGAGCCCCACAGCCGCCUGCUCGCAGAGACGCACUAUCAGCUGGGUCUGGUCUUCGGCUACAUCAACCAGUACAGCAAAGCCAUUGAGCACUUCAACCACUCUGUGGAAGUCAUAGAGAGCCGGCUGGCUAUGCUGAAGGAGGUCAUUGACAAAGCAAAAAGUGAUGAGAGUGUAUUGGAAGACAAGAAGGAAAUGGAAGAAAUAAAACUGUUGCUUCCUGACAUCAGAGAGAAAAUUGAGGACGCUAAAGAGGGCCAGAAGACUGGCAAAGCAGCUUCUGCAGCGAUCCUGGAGACGUUGAGUGGGGGCUCUACGUCUGGGUUUUCUGGAGAGAAUAGCGGGACAUCGGCAUCCAUGAUCCCUGUUAAAGCAGCUGAAGUGGCUUCAUCCUCCAAAUCUGUAUCGGACAUCUCCCAUCUGAUCAGGAAGAAGCGGAAACCUGAAGAGGAGAGCCCCACAAAGGAAAAAGAUGCUAAAAAAGCCAAGCCCAACACCUCAGUCAAUGGCAGCGGGGACACUGCCACCAGCGACAAUGGUGUCGAGGACAAAAAGGAGCCUGCUGGUGCUGCAAUGGAGACGUUGGUGUGAUGGUGCUUCUUGAAGAUGGCAGUUCUCUUUCUCUUCUCUCCCCCCCACAAACUCGUGUUUUUGUACAUAAAGUAUGAGUCCUAAUGUUUGUCUCAACAUGUUUUUUUUGUAAAACUGUAGUACAUUUCAAUAAAGGUUAUUUGCAAAAA